CGGGGCGGCCGGCACGCCCCCUCGCGGCUCAGGCUGCCGCGGUGCCCGGUUCAGCGCUGCCGUCGGCCGGGACGGGGCAGGCAGGACUGGCGCUGGUCACCGGUGCUGCUCGGCACGGGCUCACCGUAGGCUCACCAUGAUCGUGUGUCCCCAGAGCGUGGAGCACCCCCGAGGAAGCCGGUGCCAGCGGCUGCCGGGGCAGGUAGUGAAGAUGUCCAACAGCGAUCCCGAGUGCCCCCAGUUCCUCUUUGUAAAGGUGCUGGCAAGCCGGGGGCGGCUGGAGGCAGUGACCCAGCAGAUGGGCUACCACCCGCAGUACCUUGACAGCUUCCUCAAGACGCAACACUACUUGAUGCACAUGGACGGUCCACUGCCCUUCGACUGCCGGCACUACAUCGCCAUCAUGGCAGCUGCCCGGCACCAGUGCCGAUACCUGGUGAACCUGCAUGUGCUGCACUUCCUGCGAGCGGGGGGUGAUCCCCAGUGGUUGCGCGGCCUCGACUUCAUCCCCCCAAAACUCCGCAACCUCAAUGAGAUCAACAAGAUCCUGGCACACCGGCCAUGGCUCAUCACGAAGGAGCACAUUGAGAAGCUACUGAAAAUCAGCGAGUGGAGCUGGUCACUGGCAGAGCUGGUGCACGCCGUUGUCCUCCUGGCACACUGCCAUGCGCUCGCCAGCUUUGUCUUUGGCUGUGGCUGCGAACAGGAUGAGGGGCCAGGGGGUCGAAGCUUGCUGAAGCCAUUGUCACCUGGGAACCAGUGCUUCUGUGAAGCCACCGCCAGCAAUGGCUGCAGCCAGGAGCUGCUGCGCAUCAACCGCAAGCGGUCCCUGGACUCCUGCAUGGAGCUGGAUUCCCUCCGGGAACGCAUGCAGCGGAUCCACAUGGAGACCGAGGGCAGGGAGGAGACGAGGCUGCUACAGCAGGACCGAGAGGAAGAUUCCGAUGGGGAAGUUACUGGUGCCACCAACCUUGCAUGCUACAUGCAGGACCCUGACUUUGGAUACCAGGACUUUGCCCGGCGUGAUGAGGAUCAGACACGGGUAUUCAGAGUCCAGGAUUACUCCUGGGAAGACCAUGGUUUCUCACUGGUCAACCGGCUCUACUCUGACAUCGGGCAUCUCCUGGAUGAGAAGUUUCGAAUGGUGGAUGGUCUGCAGAGCAGUGCCAUUGCCAAGCGACAGGGCUGUGAGCCCUCUGUCUUCAAGCGGGGCAUCUGGAACUACAUCCACUGCAUGUUUGGCAUUAGGUAUGAUGACUACGACUACGCAGAAGUGAAUCAGCUCCUGGAGCGAAUCCUUAAAGUUUACAUUAAAACUGUAACCUGCUACCCAGAGAAGACAAACUCAGAAAUGUUUGACAGGUUCUGGAAGCAGUUCAAGCACAGUGAAAAGGUUCAUGUGAACUUGCUCAUCCUGGAAGCCCGAAUGCAGGCAGAGCUGCUGUAUGCGUUGCAGGCCAUCACCCAGUACAUGAUCUCCUAGACGGUGGGGAGCUGCACUGUGGCAGGGCCAGGCAGCAUCCUCUUUCCUUGGACUCAUGCGUGACCUGUCAUGCUGGGAUGGACGGCGAGGGAUUACUCAAUUUAGUUUACUUGACUGUCUUGUUCCUUUUUUUUUCUCCCCUCCUUGUGGGGCUUGCUGAGUGGCCCCGUUACGUGCAAUUACCAAACUGUGAGGCAAGUUUGUGCUGCUGAGAUGUCGGUGUGAUGCUGGAGACACUUGGACAUAUCCAAGGAGGACUGCCAAAGACAAAGGAGAAGAGGGAGGUGGGAAGGGACUGGGGCUGGUUUAGAGGGACACUCCUCCACAAGUUCUGCUCCUCACCUGGGUGCUGCAAGAGACUUGACUGCUCCAGGGAGGACAAAGGAGAGCUGGUUGCUGGCUUCCUUCCCCGUGCCGAAGCGUCUGCCCUGCUUGCAAGCCACCCUUUGGCACCUGGCCUCCUUGGCAUGAUGCAUCUCACUUGGGAACAGCACCGGCAGCUCAUGGGUGCGUUGCAAUGUCCUGAGUUGCAUGGUCAGGCAGGAAGGAGCACUGGCUCUGGGCAAGGGCCCUUCCCCAGUGUAGGACAGGAAGGGGAUGUGCUUGCUGCCUACAUGUCCUGCCCCUUCGGUCUAUGUGCCAAACCCUUCUGGGAUGGGCAAGCAAUGACCCAGACAAAUUCCAAACUGUGAAGCUCUUGCUGGCAGGGUACCCUAGUGCUCUGCCUUCUCUGACAGCGGGGUGGGAAGGUCUCUGACAGUGUUCAGGCUCUGGAGGCUUCUGCAGGGUACUUUAGGCAGUCCUUGAGGAGCUUGUCCCAAAGCCCCUCUUCUGCCUUCUGUCAGCAGAGAGGCAGGGGGACCAAGGGAGACUUGCUGAGUUAACGUGGCUUGUAUCUUCAUAACACAUGAGAGGGCUGAAGUCCUAUGCCCAGUCACUUGCUGCCUAACAGCAUGGUGGAGGAACCUGUGGUCAGCACAGGUGAGCUAUGGGAAGCUUCUUGAACAUGGGCAUUGGGGAGGUUGUCUCCCUGGGUUGUCCCUGUAACAGAGUCAGCCCGUGCACCAGCUUUGCCCUCUGCCCGGCAGGCAGGAGCCCGCACCACUGCUCCCUGUGUCCCAGGGCUGCUUCCUGCCCAUGCUGCAGCCCCGGGCUGGUCAGGUACGAGAGAUCCAGCACAGGGUCCAGAGAGCAGCCACAAAAGGGGAAUAAAGCCACGGUGAUAAGUGGGAGCCUGAAGCGGGGGCAGCUGUCGAGUCAGCCCAGUGCACGCUACUUCAGUCAACCUGUUUACUGCGUAAAUGUAUGGGGAGAAAACCUUGUGUAUGGAAGCUACAGAAAAAGCCUAUUUUUGCUAUAAAUAUAUUAUGUUUGACAUGGACGUGUGCUUUAUUUCUGCCAAAUGUUGGGAGGGGGAUCCAAACUCAUACCCCAGGACAGCAGUACCUGGCUGACCGCAGCCUUGAGAUAGUUCCAGCACACCUAAUGUUCCCAGCUGUGGAGGAGUCCAACAGCACUGGUUCAGGAUGAGCAGCCAGGCACAGAGGCUGGACCUGUCCUAUUCAGCUUGGCUCCAUCCUCUUCCCACGCUCAGAUGGGCAACUCCCACUGUGUUGUGUAUUCACUAGGAAAAGAGGGAAGGUUAUCAAGGGGCUGCAAUGUUCCAGCAGGGAGGAGGCUGCUAGAGGAAGGAGCUGGCUUCUCCUCUGCCAGAUAGCUGGCCACUAGUAGGCGAGGUCUGGGUGCUGCUUCAGCUGAAGAAGCAGUACUUUGCUCACACUCACGAGCAGUUGCUCUGUGAGCAGCGCCAAAAACCAGGACCAACUACUCUCCCAGCCACACUGCAGCUGCUCUCCCUGCAGCACCAGCUGGAAGAACCUGCACGGGGGCUGAAUCAGCUUGUACUGAUCCAGGCUGUUUGCCUGGGCAGUAAAAUGCCACAACAACUGGUGCUGGGCAGCACUGGCUGAAUCAGUACUGGUGCCAGGACAGUGGCACCAGUGCCAGGCUAACUGGUGCAGAUCGGGAAAGCUGGAUGUCCCAUUCACCGCUAGGCAUAGUGUUCUAAUUACCUGUAGCAGCCUGACUGCCUGCCAGCCCUUUUGCUAGCCUUUCUCCUGCCCCUGCAAAAGCAGCUCUGUCCCCUGCAGGUCUGGGACAAGCUGCAGCAGCCAGUUCUCCCCAGGGCUCACUGCUCUGAAACAAGCACUGAAUCUGCAGUUCUGCUGAGCCUGGGGCUGGCUCCCAGCACGCUGCCAGCAGCAGCAUCCUCACCACUUGCCUUCACCCCACUGGGCAAAGAGAAGGGAGAAGGCAGCAACAUCACAGUGCUGGCUGGGAGUGAAGGGCUGCCCGUCACCAAGAGAUGCAAAGGAGGUUCCCUUUUGCCCCCCAUUUCUCUCUGUUUCUGCACAAAAAGCUGGCCUUGAAGGAGACAAGGCAGCUGCUGCUUGCUCUGGGUCGCAGAACAAGCACCAGUCACAGCAGCAAGAAGAAGGGCUCCAGGGGCUGUCAAUGCUGACCAGAAACAGGCACAGGUGCUGGCGAGGCCAGAGGAGACAGCCAACCUCAGCUCCCUGAAAAGAAGAAAAUAACCCCAAGGGAUCUCAGUGCUAGAAAGCAAGAAAUGAAGCAACCAUUUACUCCCAUCACUGUAGAACCAGCAAAGUUACUAUCAUGUCCCAAGUAGGUCUUGCGGCAGAUAACUCAGUUAUGGGGAAUUGUGUCACUGGAGAAGCCUGCAAGGGCCUUAUUGACCAGGUACUUUGGGGAAUUCUACACCUACACCAGUCACUACAGCUAGCUUUUGAAACCCAUGAGCUGGUCCUUCACCUUAUCAACUCCCCCUGCUGUUGCACUCAUUGAGGCCCAGGCUUUGAGGCUUCCUGGGAAGGGCAGUGCAGGCACUACACCAUCUGAGGUGAGCAGAUGACUGUAAGCCAUGCAGCACACCACCAGUCUGGCAACUUCAGUGCUUGGGUUCCUGCCCUGGUGCCCUGCACCCUUCAACUACUUGGGUUAGGAUAUUCCUCUGUUGCUUUGUGGCUGGAAGGAGAUCUGUCAGACCCCAGGAUACCUCUCCUCUGCAUGAACCCUCCAGGAUGUUCACUGUGACCUUACCUGGAAUUACUGCAGGGAGGAUGAAGGCACGCGUCCAAAGCAGUCACCAAGUUUCUUGCAACAGCCUGUAGCAGAAAGGUGUGCUGGCAAGUGCAAGCAGGACUGCUUUUUUAACAGCCAAGCCAUCCCCAAGCUGUGUGGUGGUAGGAAUGGUGUGUCCUAGCCUGCAGAGAACAGCAAGCCACAUUGCAGCAGUGGUUACUGUCAUAGCUCCUACAACCUAUCCAUUAAAAGUCAGGCCUAUGGCUGCUGGUUUCAUCACAGCAGUAGAGGGGAAUAAAGCAGCACAUAGGAGCUGGGGACAGACUGUUCUGCCAGGACAGCUCUGGAGCAGGCAGUGUGCACCCCACCAUCUCCCCAUUCCCCAGCUUUCCCCACACAAGAGCUACUCUACCACAUAAGCCAUGUGAAGUAGGGCAACAAGAUUUCCCUGCUGUGCUUUCACACAUGGCCCCAUCACUUGCAGCACAAGUGUUCAUCAACCAGCAAGCAUCUGGAGCAAAGCAGGUUCUCUGGCUAGAAACUAAGCUGAGUAGAAAAGCUGGUGAAGUUUUUGCACUGGCUUCAGGUACUGCUGCUCUGCAGGCAACUGCUCCAUUGGCCAAAAUGCUUAGGGUGACAACUUGGGAGAGCUAUGAGGCCUCCAAGGCUGCGAGAAAAGCUGACCUAGUGCAAAGGAGGUACACUGAACCCAUGUAGCUGUUCGGACAGAAUACAGCAGGACUCUUGGCAAUUACUGUGUGAGAUGUGUGAGACGGUCUCACACAUCAAGUGACCUAGAGCCACGGCAUUCAGGACCUAGCCUUGCACCUAUUCCGUGCUUUGCUCUACUUGACAAUGCUGAAGUGUCACAGGCCAGUGCUCAAACUGGCACAACAGCCCUUAACGGCUACUGGGAGGAAUGCACAGUCCCCUGAUCUAUGUCAAGCUUUGAACAGAUCCACUCUGAUCCAAUCAACAACUGAAAAACAUGCAUUUUUUUCUCUGACAGCACCUACCACUAGGUAUUUGCAGAAAGUCCUAAUAAGUGCCCAAGGAACAGAUGAGGGACAGAGUGUUCUCCUAAGGAUGUCCUCCUAAUCACCCAUUUUUCGAGAUUGCCUCAAAUCUUGAAGCAGGACCCUUAAGAUCCCCUCCAGAGUUAUCUGCAUUAACCAUUUUCACGCUAUUUUUUUCCAAUUAUAUUCUUUAUCAGAUAUUGAAUAUCCAAGGCUUCGAAUGCAAGAUUUCUGGCUGCACACAUGCUGUGCAAUGUCACAAAUGAGACUUUCUCCUCAGAAGUUUUAUAAACAUGCCUGAAUUGUCUUCCAUGCAUCUAAACAGCCCAGCAGAAUCCUUGCCCUACACUCCCCACUCUUCUCUGAUCUCCUUGCCUGCCUCCACUCCAUUGCAACAUAACUGAGGAUCCGAACAGGUCUCAUCUUCUACAAGACCCCUCCUGAGCUGUGGUGCACAGACCAUCCCCAGGGCAGAGGGAGACAGCAUUCUCCAGCCUUAUCCCAGCUGUGAGAAGGCAAACUUGCUGGAAUGACAUACUGUUUUGAUUCAAGGGCUCCACCAUGCUCCUCAUGAGCUGUUUCACUGGCUCAGACUGUAUCUGCAUUCCUACUUGCCUCCUGUCAAGGAAGGACCCCUUGAAGUACCUAGCUGAAGUCUUCUCCCACCCUGAGGGGUCUCUUACCCACUUGCACACCUCUGAGCGUUCCCAAGGAACGACCAGCUCCUGGCUUCCACUCUAACACUCGUGUCCCCUUUGACGUGCAACUCCAAGCCCUUAUCUUCUAAUACUGAAAAACAGUCCCCAGCCCUAGUAACUUUUCUUUUUCUGAUGGAGGAUUUCAGGUAGUAAAGCAUUGAUAAAAGCUCCCUCUCACACUCAUCUGUCCUAGCUAAGUGUCAGCAUCUGCUUAAAGAAGAGAGUAGCAGCAAAGCCAUCUCUAUCUUCUUAGAGAUAACUAGUGCAGUUGCAACACUCAAAAGAAGUCUGAAUGUAGCUAUACAAAACAAGCAGUCAUCUUCUGCACUGAGGUUUAGAAAAGCAAGGAAUGAAGGGGCUAGAAUGACUGUACACUAGGCCCGCAGAAAGAAUUCAGCAGGGUCAGUUUUAGGGCUUGGCAACCCUGUGCCACCCCCGUCAGUAAGUUGUAAUGAGAGGUUCUACACACUGCAGAGUACAUUAAAGCCUUCAUGGGCUGUCACACUGCGACCCUUCCACCUCUGGUCAGCUAAGGGGCAUCUUACCAAGGGAAUGCUCUUACAGGUAGGGAGGGAAGAGGAAAGGGCAAGGAAAAAUUAACUGGUCCUUGCCAGGGAAACAGAACAAACCGCAUGAGACAGAGCAGAGGAUUACAGGUUUUUAUUUGUCAAACAUUCCCCCCUAGUCUAGCACAUUCUACAGUGUUGCUAGCACAGAUGGUAACAAAGAGCCUGUAAUGGUUCAGAAGUUACACUGCUACAGAGAGCAAACAAAAGCAGAGAUUUAUUAUGUAAAAUAUUGUGAGAAAUGGGUGAAAGAGUGCAGAGGGGAUGGGGGGGAAACUACGUCAGCUAGUGGUGCCUGCCCUGUGUGAGCAGGCGUCUGUGCUAGCAUGCAGAAACCCUUCCUGGGACGGCACCAGGUGAAGACUCCACUGUGCUGGAAGCAUCAUUUCAAGAGAACCAUCCCACUGCCUUAGGAAGAAGGCUCCUUUCAGGAGAAGCAACCUAUCUUCUACAUAGCCAAACCUCUCAAGACACCUUGGGAAGCACCACAGGGUAGCACCAUGCUGAGCACCACAGCACCAGCUGUGAACAUCCCCUUCUACCAAACACUGUAACGUUGCCUUAGCCAGAGAAUCAUAAAUGCAAAACCAACAGCUCUUUCACCUUCAGCUUCUGCUGCCUCUUCUCCCUGCUUUACACCACAAUGUUAAGCAUGAUUUAUAAUUCCAUCAGCUUGUUCUCCAUCGACUACUGACACAUCAAGGUGCAGGGAGAGACAAAGACUACUGAAGAAAGGGGAACCCUUUCUUGAAGAGUGAGCAACUGUGGCAGUGGGUUACCGCAUGCUACCGAGCUUUCAGGUAAACAGAUCUGUCAGGCUUCAAGAAUCACCCAUUGCUUGCUUGUCCCCAUAUUAAUUAGAACAUGUUUUUCAUUAGACAUGCAAAUGAGGCAAACCCUAAGCUAUCUGUGUUCAUGCUCAUGUCCCAGAGCUGAUUGAUUUGUUGUGUUUUUUUGAUAACAGGUUCAAACUCAUACAUUAUUUUGGUGACAGUUCAGGACACCACUCCCAAAGCACUCCUACCCAUGGCACCAGACACAGGUUUCUCAUUCCUGGAGGAAGGCUAGCUCUGAAGCAUUUGAGUGUGGCUAUAAAUAAGCAAUUAAUGAAGAAAAUUAACAAAUUAUGAUCUACAUAAAAGCUUUCUAGGUAUUUCCUUUGGAAAAGCUGAUUAGUGCUACUUGCUUCUAGUAUGAGCCACAUUUAUGAAUACACUCGGGCUCUGGAACGUUCCCACUGCUUUCGUUCCUCUCGCUUACCAGGAUGAUUUGACUGCUGUUUUUAAAGCAGCACAGGGUAGGGGAUGACAUGUUUUUAGACACACCAAAAAGGAAAGUGAAGGGCCCCAAGAACCCAUCAAUAAUACAAAUUCUCACAGGAAGCUGGUAGUAUAGUAAAAUAUGCUUAAGUUAUAAUGGCUCCAGUAAUUUGCUAAACCCAGGUGUGAAAAAAAGCAACAAGUCUGCCUCCUACUAGGCUCUAUGGGCCUAGUUACCCAAAUCCUUUGCAGCCCAGAGCUGCAUGACGGCUUCACACUGAAAAAUGGCAUUUGAUCCUCUGGAGAUGAAGAAACCUGUUAGCCAAGCUCAGCGAGGACAAGGAACGUGCAUACAGCACAACAUAAAGCUUCAUACAAGUGUCCCCUGCCCACUCCCCUCAGGCACUUCUCCAGGUCACAGCUGCUCUCAAAAUCUCAGCCCAAUCCUUCAUUAGAGCAAAAACUAGCCCACAAGUACAGGACCUGUGGUGCUAACGCAGAAUGAAGAUCCACCAAGACCCUAUCCUGAAUCCAGCAGCAGUCAGCAGCAAACACUGUGGGCAAGAAUACAAAAAGCUGGACAAGUAUUGAGCAAUCCUCUGCCAGGUACAGACUUUCAGGAAGCAGCAGUUUAGGAACUUGUCUGUCUUCUGCGCCCCAUGAGGAAAUACCCCAGGCUAGAAGACCUCAAGGUUUAUGAAAAGGAAGUUAAUUGAGAAGGGGCUGGAGAACAUUCAAAUUCUCUGCAUCCCUGCCCUCCAUGCCCAUGAUCCAAGUUAUCCUGCUAUACAUACAAAUAAGAAGCUAAGUUGCCUGCUCAAGCCUGCAACAUUACAUUCACGGUUUAUUGAACACUUCCAAAGCACUGUUAGCCUUCUAAACACCACCCUCAGCACUAGCGCACUCUCAGGCUUCAAGCAGUGCCAGUUCCUGUUGUGUUGAGGAGACAGAACAGCUCCAUGGACUGCCGAAGACGGACAUCCCUGUCACCAUGCUGGUAGAGCAGGGCUCCAGCCACAGGUGCUGCCUGUCUCUCCAGUGCUGUCCCCAGGACAGGCAAUUCCAGGAGUCUGGCCUGAGAAUAUGAAAAAAAAAAAAAGAGACAAGACAUGUUCUAUUCCUUAAAAGCAGAACAGGGUCUCUUAUGAGCUCACACUGCAGGGUACCAACCAUGAUGACUCCUGACAUACCCGGGGUGGAGCUCCUUCAGCUGGAACAAGUACUGAGGACAAGUACUAGCUGAGAUCAGAUCUCCCUGAGGUGCCAUCCUACCACUCAGGUCCAGGUUCCUUGCAGUCAGAAGAUCCAGCCAGGUCCCCAGAGCUGUCACACCUAGGGGAUACCUUGGAACAGCCCAAAGACAGCACCUUUUCCAGCACCUUCUGGUCAUCCCAGCCAGAAAUGGUUCACCAUAGAUUUGCAGUUCUAAAGCACUGGUUAAUAAUAUGGUCCUGCCUACUGCUUUGGGCUCUGUUUUCAUGAAAAAUGAGCUAGACCUGACCACAUGUACUGGUGUCUUGUCCUUAGAUACAUGGCCGUGAAGCACAGGCAGCCAGUAAACUUGCUCUGCAGAUCAUGAGAUUCAUUUCCUCUUAGAGCCCAAGCUGACAAAGUGGCAUAUCAUGUGCCAAAUAACACGAAUCCUGCCAGAUGUAUUAGCUGCAGCCCAGAGCAGCCAAUUCUUAUGCACGACACAUGCCAUCAGGGGUCUGUGGAAAGGAUGUAUCUACCUAUUUCCGUGAUCAACUAAUUGCAAUGAGAAUGUGCAUUCAUGACUCAAGUCCGCAAGAUCUGGGACCCCAGCUUAGGAUCUGCCUGUUUGUUUGUUUGUUACAAUGAGCUGUGGCCAGACAUGGAGAUUGUGGGUAAAUCUGAAGCAUAUCAUCACGAGGUCUGCCACGAAGACAGCCUUCAAAGCAAAGGUUAUUGAACAACUCUGAUGGUAGAGCAUGCUAAAGGAAGGACUGCUAAAGACUGCUUGUUGCAGGUAACCAGACAAACCACUCAAAUGAAAAUUAAAUGAAACCCACGAAAACAGAGCAGACAAGGUGGUAAAACAGUAUGGCUCAUUGCAUUGCAUGACACAAACCACCUGAACAGAAGCCACUGCCGCCUUCAGAAAGGAUCAGAGAGGCUUUCCACCAGACCAAGCCUACCAGAAUACCAUGAAAGCACCACAUCUCCCACAGAUCCUGCCACUGCAAAUACAAAAAGGUAACAGGAACAGGCCAGCUAAUGCUCUGAACUAACCUUUCAACUCCUACCUUCUGCCCUGCAAGAACAAAGAGAAAGGGCAGGAUCCCAGGCACAUCCCCAAGGGUCUGCCUACAGCCUUCAACUUCCCCAGCAGCAGUAGCAACUUCAAGAAAGCAAAAACCUUCGGGAACCACAAAGUGAGCUACCAAAUACAACUGAUCAUGCCCUCCAUAAGGGCUACCCAGAGUGUCAGCAGAUCUAAUACGAUCCAGUCCACACCAUCUUCUUAGCAGACUAGGGAAUCUGUCCCAUGUAUCAGCUGAAGUACAGCUACUUAAGGAAGAGCUGAGAAUGAGCAUGCUGUUAAUCAUUAGCAUUCCCUAGCAUCAUGCUCUUGGUUUGGUGGGAGUGCCUGAUCGAGGGAAGAGACCGAGUAGCUGUGGCUGAAUGCCACGAUACGCAGGCACCUCCUUGCCUAUUCUGGGGAGAACAAUCAUUCCCCAGUUAUACUGCGGUGCCCUUCCCACUUUUCCAAUGACAUUUUCAGCUUCUUGGCCCAAAAUGCCUUAGGCCCAUCCCCUCCCAUACUGUAGUGUUAUCUGGUAUCAAGGGGACAGAUGCAGCAAAUGUGGUUUGUUUUUUUAUCCAAUAAUCUCAUUUUCAAUUAAAAUAUAUAAUAUAUAUUUAAAAAGGUUUAGAAAAGCUUCUAUGUAAUUUGCAGCUACUUUUACAUAUAGAUUACAAUAAUGUACAACUCUUCCCCAAGGUGGUUUGAAACCACAGGGACCUGCCAAUUCUUUCCCCUCAAUCAUAUACACUAUCAAACAUCAAAUGUGUUUGUUCCUAAUACAGCUCUGAAAAAGAAGUCUGUCACUGGUACCUUCUCAGAGGGAGGUGCCUAACGUGCCUAAUGGGGACACACUUAACAUUGGCUUCAUAGUCAUAGAAAGUUCCCAGAUUAGUAAAAAAAUAUUUCAUCUAUAGAAAAUGCCCUUCUGAAAAGCAAUCAGGGCUCUGUUAAGGCCACACCCAGGCUUUCCAUUUCUCUGCUGUAGCAAGACAGAUCGGAAACAAACCCAAAAUGACGUUUUUAUGUCCAAGAAACAGCUAUUAGCACCUGUGCUUAUUUUACUGCAGCCUGGUGUAUCGGGAAAGUGCUGACAACAGCAUAGGGACUCCUUGAAACAUGCUUCUGAUUCAAUGGGGCUCAGUUGGCACAGAGAAAAA